AUGGGAAAAGUGAAGUCAACGAAGCGCGGAAAAGCGAGUUCCACCCCCUACGAACGACCGGCUAAGCACGCCGCCGCCGCAGCCAACAAUGUCUUCAAGUUCAGCAAGGACUUCGGCCAGCAUAUCCUCAAGAAUCCAGGUAUCGCAGAGACAAUAGUGAACAAGGCGAACCUAAAGCCGACAGAUACCGUCCUCGAAGUCGGUCCCGGAACCGGUAACUUAACCGUGAAGAUCCUGGAGCAGGCGAAGAAAGUCAUUGCAGUGGAAAUGGACCCCCGAAUGGCGGCCGAAACAACGAAGCGCGUGCAGGGCAAGCCGGAGCAGAAAAGGCUUGACGUGCUCCUAGGCGACGUGAUCAAGACGACGCUCCCGCAGUUCGACGUGUGCAUCUCGAACACGCCGUACCAAAUCUCGUCGCCGCUCGUAUUUAAGCUCCUCGCCCUCCCGAACCCGCCGCGGACGUGCGUGCUCAUGUUCCAGCGCGAAUUCGCGCUGCGCCUCACGGCUCGCCCGGGCGACGCCCUGUACUGCCGUCUGUCGGUCAACGCGCAGUUCUGGGCGCGCAUCACGCACGUCCUGAAGGUCGGGCGCAACAACUUCCGGCCCCCUCCGCAGGUGGACUCCAGCGUCGUGCGGAUCGAGCCCAAGCUCGGGUCCGACAGGCCGAAUAUCAGCUUCACGGAGUGGGAUGGUAUGCUGAGGGUGUGCUUCAAUCGGAGGAAUAAGACGCUCCGGGCCUCGUGGCUGGGGAACAAGGAGGUUCUUGCUAUGGUAGAACGGAAUUACCGGUUGUGGUGCGCUACGAAUGAUAUCCCGGUUGAUGAUGCUGUGGCGGAUGAGGAUGAGGACGAAAAUGAUGAUAUGGAGAUGGACGAGAACGUGCUGCCGAGUGCCGGAGAUGAAGAAUGGGACGGCAUCAUGGAUGUCGAUGGAGACGAUGAUGACACCCCUUCGUUCUUUCAGGAGCUGAAGGCAGCUGGGAGCGAAGUGCCCAAGACGAAAAGCAAACGGAAGAAGACGAGGGUCGCCUUGUUAGUAAAGGAGAAGGUUCGUAAGGUCCUCGAAGAUGUGACCGAGCUUGCCGACAAGAGAAGUGGGAAGUGUGAUGAGAAUGACUUCCUUCACCUUCUUGCGGCCUUCAACGCGGAGGGAAUACAUUUCUCAUGA